AUGCAAGGGAUAGAGAAGCAGCGUGAGAUCCUGGAGCGCAGGCUGCCAGCUAUCCUGGACGUCAUUGAGGAUGCUGAGAAGGGGGCUAGCCGAGCAGGAGCAAGUGCUUGGCUCCAAGCACUCAAGAAGGUGUCCUAUGAAGCGAUCGACGUCUUCGAUGAGUUCAAGUAUGAAGCGCUCCGGCGUGACGCCAAGAAAAAGGGACACUACAGCAAGCUCAGCAUGGAUGUUGUAAGCCUCUUUCCUGCUCGUAACCCCAUUGUAUUUCGUUACAGGAUGAGCAAGAAGCUGCACAAGAUUGUGCACGCCAUCGAGGUCCUUGUCAAAGAGAUGAAUGACUUCGGAUUCACUCAGAGGCAGAAUGUUCCACCACCAAUGCAGUGGUGGCAGACCGAUAGCAUUAUGGUUGACUUUGAGAAGGACAUCGUUAGCAGAUCCAGAAAUGAGGAGAAGCAGGAGAUCAUAAAGAUAUUGCUUCAACAUGAUGGGGGUCUCAUGGUUCUUCCUAUCACUGGAAUGGAAGAUUUUGAUAUUGUUAGCAUUGCACGAAGCAUUUGCCAGACACAUGAGCAAAAUCGUGAGAAAUCAUUGCAGGAUCUCCGCAAAGAAGUAAGUGGAAACAGGUACCUAAUUGUGUUGGAUGAUGUAUGGAAUCGGGAUGCAGAAAAAUGGGGAAAACUGAUGACAUGCCUUAAGCAAGGUGACAGGGGCAGUGCAAUACUGACAACAACUCGUGAUGCAGAAGUAGCUCGAAUUAUGACCACGGGUGAAACUGGACCCUAUAACAUUCAAAAAUUGGGUAACAAGUAUAUCAAAGAAAUUAUCCAGAGCAGAGCAUUCAGUGUCCAAACACCAAUAAGUGAUGAGCUAGAUGUAACUGUGGAUAAGAUUGUGGACAGAUGUGUUGGUUCUCCUUUGGCAGCCAAAGCAUUUGGCUCUAUGUUGAGUACCAAGACUAGCAUACAAGAAUGGAAGAACAUAUUACACACAAGUCACAUUUGCAAUGAGAAGACAGAGAUUUUUCCUAUACUCAAGCUCAGCUACGGUGACCUACCGUCAAACAUGAAGCAGUGUUUUGCAUUUUGUGCUAUGUUUCCCGAAGAUUAUGAGAUUGAUGUCGAGAGUUUGAUCCAAUUAUGGAUGGCUAAUGACUUUAUACCCGUGCACAAACAAGAUAAUCCUGACAUGGUAGGCAAGGAAAUUUUAACCAGCUAG